AUGUUCGUCUUUUUGUCUUUGUCUUUGGGUUUGGCCUUCUCCACCAGACUUCCUGUCCCGAGUGCCGCCUGUCCUGCACAGUGUAGCUGUUUUUACCACAAACAGUACUACAGUGAUGGAUCCAAGGCCAGGAGCGUACUGUGCAGUGAUCCUGAGCUUGCCUCCAUCCCCACCGACUUCCCCUUAGACGUCUCCAAGCUUCGUAUUGAAAAGACUGACAUUACCCAAAUCUCCAGUGAGGCCUUUAUCUCCCUCAGGAAUCUCGAGUUCCUCUGGAUGUCCUUCAACUCUGUCUCCGUCGUCCGUGUGGACAGUUUCCGUGGCCUGAGCGUGCUCACUGAGCUCCGUCUGGAGGGUAAUUUCAUCACCUCCUUCCCGUGGGAGAGCUUAACUGACAUGCCCAACCUCAGCCUCCUGGAUUUGCACAACAACAGGAUCGGCAGCAUCCCGUCUGAGGCAGCCAUCUACAUCAGAAAUCUCACUUACCUAGAUUUGUCCAGUAACAGCCUCACUACGGUGCCAUCUGAAGUGCUGCUGAUGUGGUUCUCAGCAAAACCGCUGCAGGAGCCUGAGAGAUCCAAGAUGAUUUUGGGCCUUCACGAUAACCCGUGGCAGUGCGACUGUCGCCUGUUUGACCUGGUUCAGUUCCAGAAGUCUCUGUCUUCCACAUCCGCCUUCAUCGACACUCACCUGCGCUGUUCGGAGCCGGAGAGCUUUUCCGGUGUGCUCUUUGUGGAUGUGGAGAUACAGAGGUGUCAGGUACCACGGGUCCACACAGCAGUGGCUAAGGUUCGCAGCUUGGUAGGCAACAACGUCCUGCUCCGCUGUGGCACCGUCGGAGUCCCCACGCCUCGACUCACCUGGUCCCGAGCCGAUGGAAAAGCCUUCAGUGGUACCGUUCAUGAGGAAGUUUCAGCUGAAGGCAUCACCUGGUCCGUCCUCAGCGUCCUCUCUGUUUCCUCUCACGACUCCGGCAAAUACGUCUGCAGAGCCAUUAAUAUUGUGGGCAGCGCCAACGCCACGAUCUCGCUCGUUAUUUCAGAAACACGACAGAUCAGCGAAGCUGCUGUAAAGAAAACCGGCAACAAGAAGAAUGGAAGCUUUGGACGAGCUGCAUAUCAGGAGAAACUCAUCGCAAGAUACGUUCCUCCAACCUCCACAUCUGGAGACGUCCCCUUCAGUGAGAUGUUUAAUGCAUCAAAAUCCAUAGGGUCAUCAAAGAUCGAGAGCUACAGCACCUCUGAUGGAGUCUCGGAUGGAAAAACCUCAGCAAACAGUUUAGAAAUUGACAUGGAUAAGAGUGUGUUGAGCAAUUUGGUGGCUAACGCUUCCUCCCUCCAACAAGGUCCUGAGAGAAGAGUGGUACGCUCUGUCAAAGUCAUCGGAGACACUGACCACACCGUGUCAAUUAACUGGAGAGCUCCAUCUGCCACCAACACCACGUGGUUUAGUGUUCUUUACGCCGUCUUUGGUGAAAGAGACAUGAGACGCAUCAACGUGGGACCCGGGAAGCACCGGAUCACCAUCGAAGGUCUCGUUCCAAAAACCAAGUAUAUCACCUGUGUGUGUGUGAAAGGUCUAAUCCCAAAGAAGGAGCAGUGUGUGAUCUUCUCAACCGAUGAGGCAGCAAGUGCUAGUGGCACUCAGAAGCUUAUCAACGUGGUGGUGAUCACGGUGGCGUGUGUCAUCGCAGUGCCACUCACCUUGAUUGUCUGCUGCGGGGCUUUAAAGAGACGACUCCAGAAGCUCAUGGGAAGAAGAUCGAAAGACAUUCAGGACUCCUACGUGACCUUUGAAACCCUCACACCAGGUGGCAAAGCUAAAGGGGUGGAAGCAGAGUACCUCACCCGCCUCAACCAGGACGAGUCCAACCGGCUGCUCUCAGCUCGCUCCAGCGUGGACUCAGAGGCCAUUAACAGAACUGAAGGACAUCCUAAUGAGUAUUACUGCUAA